AUGGAGCACACAUUUGUGUUUGUCCUGCCCGACACACGAGCAUGCAAGCAUCUAUGGAAGUGCGCAGUGGAGCAUCAUGCCUUCUUCCGUCUCCGUGGUAUUCCCAAACCUCCGACCAAAUUGCAGCAAUUCUUUCGCCUCAAGUCUCGUUUCUAUGCCAGUUUCCGUACUGAACACCAACUAGCGCAGGAGAACAGCUAUGGCAGUAGCUCAUUCCGUCGUCGAAACACCUCUACGGGCCAAUCACUGCGCUCUGACACCAGCGAUAAAGCCCUUGGUCGUUCUGACAGUGGAACUGAGAUCAGCCAUGGAAAAUCCAGUUUCAGACGUGUCUCAACCCGACGCGUGGCCGCCAGGCCAAGCUUUCUUGGGCGACCAAGCGGGCAACGGCUUUCACAGCCUUCGGCAUCAAUCCCUUCUCCCACUGGUGGAUCAUCAAGUCCUCAACAGCCAAGACUAGGAACGAGGCCCGUGGUAGAAGACACCCGAGCUCAUAGUCCAGUCAAUACAAAAUCUGAUUAG